AUGUCGUCCAUAAGAAUCGCCCUUGCCGGCGCAACAGGCAAUCUCGGCAUCCCAAUCUUGCGCGCCCUUCUUGACGCAAACCACACCGUAACUGUCCUCUCGCGAAUCGGUGGGAAUUCAUCGAAGCUCCAGGCACACCCAAAUCUCACGAUCAAGGAAACUGAUUUUACCUCGACCGAGUCCUUAACGACUGCAUUGAAGGCUGCUCAAGCUGAAGUCGUAAUCUCCUGCUAUGCAACAUCCGCGAUCGGAAGCCAGAACCCACUCAUUGAUGCCUCCGUUGCCGUUGGUGUAAAGCGAUUCAUUCCGGCGGAGUUUGGCAUGGACUCUCGCAAUCCGCUGAGUGUCCAAUUGCCGGUUUGUGCGCCGAAGGCUGCGACUCAAAGAUAUUUGGACGAGAAGGUCGCUGCAAACGCUGGAUUUAGCUGGACGGGUGUUGCGAACGGCCUAUUUCUCGACUGGUGUUUGGAAGCCGGCAUCAUACUUGACCUCAAGCAACACUCUGCAACGCUGUACAAUGGAGGCAAUGUUCCGUUUAGUGCGACGCUGCUGAGGGACGUUGCGAAGGCUGUUGUGGGCGUUAUUGAGCACCGGGAUAGAACUGCAAACAGAAUCGUGUACGUUCAUUCUGCGCGGAUCACGCAGAACCAACUGAUCCGAUAUGCCAUCGAUAAUGAUGCAGUGAAAUGGGUCGUGAAUGUUAAGGCAACGGAAGAGGUUAGAUGGGAGAGUCUGGCGGAGUUGGAAAGGCCCAGUGGUGACGUUGAGGCUGCAAUGCUGGGCUUUUGUAUUGUCGGCUCUUGGGACCCCGAGUACGGGUGCGACUUCUCGAGCCAUCUAGAUAAUAACUUGUUAGAAGUGGAGCAGCUCAGCGAACCGCAGCUGAGGGAUGUUGUUGAAAGCUUUCUAUAA